AGUCGCGAUAGGAGCGAGGUGUCCCGGCGCGGCGGGGCUGUCACGAUAGGAACGGGUAUACCUGACGCCGGCGGUGUGCUCAGCCUGGUGGAGCUGUCGCAAUACGAGUGCGAAAUGGAGGCGGACGGAGCGAUCGACUUCGGCGCUCUGGAGAAGGAGCUGCGGGCGGCCGUGGCUGCCGACGAGAAGUACGAGAGGGAAAACAGCGCCAAGUUCCGGGCCGUGCACCAGAAGGUGGCAUCUUACGAGGAGUUCAGGGAUAUCGUGCUGGCAUCACACUUGAAGCCUCUAGAGAAAAAGGAUAAAGUGGGUAAAAAACGAAACCUGCUGUGGAAUCCUUGUGCAACCCACGCUAAGGGCGAGCAAGCCAGCAACGUGGAAAUAGCCCAGGAACUAGAUCAACUGCCUGGAACCUCUGCUGAAUUUUACAGAGAUUGGCGCAGAUGCUUAAAAAGUGGAAAAGAAAAAUAUCAGCUUUUACUUAAACUUGAAGGCAAGGCCUUGGGCAGAAUCUUUCAGGCUGACCUGGGUUUUGGCCUGCUGGGUGAAUUCCUUACUGUGCUGGCAGAGAAUAUCUGUCAUGAAGACCGAGAUGCCGUCCUGCAGAUCUUACAGAGCCUUUCCAGCACCAAGCGCUUUGGGUUGAAUGUGGAUCUUCUCAGUGAGUCGGAGAAGGAGAGCAGCAAGGAUUUGUUUAGAAAGCUGCAGAGCAUGAGCAGAAGUUAUUGGACUGCUGAUCAUCCCAAUGGUGGCAAAGCAGAGGGAGAAGACCAUCUCACAAGCACCAGUUUGCAAAAGGAAGCUGAGGAAAAGAUAGUGAUGGAGCUGAUGAAAUGUUAUCAAGUUGGUUGAAGCAGCAGAAGCACGAUGGCCAUGCAGGAACAGAGUGCAAAUGGGGCUCCCAGCCUGACUUUGUCAUCAGACCCUGUGAUGGAGACUUACAGAUAAAUCAGACACUUUUAGAGUGUUGCUGAUUGCGUUUCCCUCCGUAUCCGGUAU